UGUACUCUAAUCGACGAUCCAGAACUGAUAAAUGACUGCAUUGAAAGGCUUGUUCAUAUCGUUAUUCCUUAUCGAGUGUUUUAUGAGCUGGAUAAUAUGGAGAAGAUAUCGUCCACCUCACCGUCGGGUGUGCAGUUACGUUCAAGAGCAACUCGACUUGUACACAAGCUGCGAGAUCUGAGAUCAUCGCCGUUGGUUCACUGGGAAAGUUCAUCAGAGUCGUUUGCUCCAGUGGAUGGAUUUGUGACCAGUACCACUGAUGACGUCAACGACGAUUUCAUCUUGAAAUGUGCCUACCACAUCAAGAGCUUGUUAGAAGCACGAGGAGAUGGCUGGCAAAUGGUUUUUCUCACAAACGACCAGGUGUUAUCUCUCAAGGCACAUGCAAAUAGGAUACCCUGUUACAGUGGCAAGGAGGUCAAAACAAUUUUGAAAGGAUUAAAAGAAAGUGAUUUCCUCAUGGCCGGAAAAGCACUCGAAGGUGCCUCUGCUGGCAGAGAAAAGCCGUCCAGUAACGUCAAAUCUGCCGAUAAUAUGAGAGUUUCGCCAUCAGGUUCGUGCUUAACGCGACCAGCUAGGAAGGACUUAGGAUCCGAUGUACUCGCACGGCCAUUUCCAACUAUAUGUAAAAAGAAAAUCAAGGAACCUCCCUACAAAGCGGUGGACAUAGCCGAAAUGAAUUCUUUGAAAGAGUUUUCGGAAAUGUGGAACGGUCUGGUUUCUACAUUGAAGAAGAGGCUCAGGAAGUGUUCGACCAAAGAGAGAAAGGACAUUGUACGACUGAGGCAAUCCGUGUCUUGCUUCUGUAAAGAGCCAACUGAGAAGAAUCUCGUAGUGCUUGCGCAGAUGACGUCAUGGCUAUAUUUUUACUACCUUCCUCCUUCAUCAAACAAAGGGCAGAAAAUGAACUAUAAGGAGUUGCUCAAGAGCGGGCUAUUCAAACAGAUCAGCACUUCUUGCCGUAGAUCUCAAAGACUGAUGGAAGCAUUCCGAUAUUUUAAAGAUGAUUUCCAGUUUAUUGAAAAGACUUCUGUUGAACUAUGA